UCUUCCAUCCUUAUCCGAUCCUUUCUCGAUCCCUUUAAACCAUCUUCGCUUUCUUAUUUCUGGCGGUGUUAAUCGUUUUAUCUACAGAUUUGUUGCCUUCUUUUUAGCUGCGAAUGAUUUGAUGGUCGAAGUUUGGUAUUUUAUCCGGUUCUGAUGAUUAGUUGAGCAAAUGGUAGCGUCUCUCAUGUUCCUUGCAUCUCGAUGUUCGAAGCAUGAUUCUGAUGAAUUCAAAUGUCUCUUUUUCAUACAAUAUUCAUUGCUUGACCAUCAAGAGUAGAUGAUCCGAUAGCGGCGUUAUUUUAUGGUUGAAUUUCACAUUUUUGGUAGAUUUAUGUUCAUCUUUUUAAUUGAUCGAGCAAUGUUUUCAAGUGUUAUGUUUAUAUUCGUCUUACAAGGAUUAAUCGGCGAUAUGCUGUUUGGAAUCAGGGAGUGGAAGGGACUUGAUUCCGUAGGAGAGGGAAAGGAGACAUCAAGGUGAUCAUGGAUAGGCAGAGAACUCAUGAUUGGGAGACUCAUGGAAAGAGCAAUGAUAUAGAUGAGAGCACACCGAUCAACAAAGUUAAAGGUCCUAAUGUGUUUGAACGAGCAAAGGAAGAGAUUGAAGCCCUUGUAGAAGCUCUCCACCCCAAGGGGAGUCCUCAACAUGAGCAUCAUGAAAGGAAUUAUGAGAAGGAAGUAGAAUCAUCCAAUUUACUUGAGAGAGCAAAGAAAGGGACUGAUGAACCUGUGCACAGGGGGAAAACACACCAUAAAGAGACUCAUGGUAUGAGCAAUGAUAUUGAUGAGAACACUCCUAUUGGUGAAGUUGUAGGCCCAAACGUGUUUGAACGAGCCAAGGAAGAAAUUGAGGCCCUUGUGGAAGCAAUUCAUCCAAAAAAAGAAUCGGACAAUAAGCCACAAUAAAAGAUGUCUAUUGCAAAAAGGUUUGAGAAAUCCUGCCCUCCUUUCAGUAUGGCGAAGAAUUAGCUCUAAAGGUUUAGAGUUUUGUUGAUUAUCUAUAUGUGAUUGCAUAAUUGUCUGUAAACAGUCAACAUCCUCAGUACUUGGGGGUUUGUUUUGUUGGCAGUGAACAUUACCAAACUUGGUUUCCUUGCUAGAGCCUGCUUUUCUUUAGGAGAGAUUACAAACACAGAAGAGGCUCUUACCUAGUUUACAAGAUGUUUUUACUUUCAUUGGGACCAUGCUCAUCAUGCCAUUGUUAGGCUAUUUGAUUACUGAUGUUAUGUGAGAUAUCAAAUCUUCACUUUGUGGAACUGUAUUUGACUCCAGCUGUAUAUUAGUGUGAUACCUCGUUUCUUGUGAA